AUGGAAGGAUUGGAACAUUUGAACACUGCACUUUUCCUAAAAGCUGAUCAGUCCGGCAAUGGUGACUACACUAAAAUACAAGACGCCAUUGACGCCGUGCCUUCUAACAACGCUGCGCGUGUGUCUAUUUUGGUUCGACCUGGUGUCUACCAAGAAAAAAUUUAUGUGCCUGUAGACAAACCCUUUAUAACAAUGAGUGGCACAAACACAGAGCAUACCAUAAUAACAUGGAACCAAGCAGGAUGGAUAAAUCAAACCUCAGUCUUCACUGUGUGGGCUUCUGAUUUCAUAGGGCGCCAACUCACAAUUCAGAAUACAUAUGGAACCGGUGACAAAACAGUGGCACUAAGAGUAUCAGGAGACAGAGCAGCAUUCUAUGGGUGCAGAAUUUUGUCUCAUCAAGAUGCCUUAUUCGACGAGAUUGGCAAGCACUACUACAAAGACUGCUACAUUCAAGGAGACACUGAUUUUAUAUUUGGAAGCGCUGAUUCUUUAUAUGAGAAUUGUCACUUGCAUACACUUUCGGGUCAAAACGGCGCUAUAACGGCCCAACGGAGGACUUCUCCUUUAGAGGAAUCUGGGUUCACCUUUUUGUGGUGCAACAUAACCGGCGUCAAAACGGCACUCCUGGGAAGGCCAUGGGGGCCAUAUGCCAGAGUCGUAUUUGCCUACACUCAAAUGUCAAAUGUAAUUCUGCCACAAGGUUGGGACAGUUGGCGGCUAUCACCCUACAACUUAAGUAACGUUUUCUAUGGGGAAUACAACUGUUUUGGACCGGGAGCCGUGACAACACAAAGAGUUAAUUGGGCACACAAGCUUACCACCAGAGAAUUUGCACCCUUCAUGGCUCAGGCUAGUGCCCUUCGGCGUACGAUUCUUGGUCGUGACGGAGGAAGAGGGCAACAUGUAGCUCCCACUAUGGUUCGUCCCGGCAGCGGAGGAGGAGGUGGAGGAGAGCAACAUGGAGCUUCCACUCCCAUUGGAAGAGAAGGAAACAAAGCGAAGGAGAAUGAGAGAAAUAGACAAGGCGCUCCACCUCGAGCUCUCACUGCCACGCCUACUCCCAUUGGAGGAGAAGCCGCUCCACCUCGAGCUCUCACUGCCCCGCCCCUUGCCAUUGGAGGAGAAGGCACUCCACCUCUAGUUCUUACGGCCACGCCCCCUCUCAUUGGAGGAGAAGGCACUCCACCUCCAUCUCUCACUGCCACGCCCCCUCCCAUUGGAGGAGAGGGAAACAAAGAGAAGGAGAAUGGGAGAAAUAGCUCAGAGCAGGCUCCCGCUUCCGCUGCAUGGCUCAUCAUUGAGGGGUCGAAUAAUGAUGUGGAACGGAGUAGUGGUUCUCCUCGAGUGGGUGCAGCCCCUCUAGGUCUUCUGGGGUCUUUUCUCUUUAUAUUUUUAUAA